AUGAUGACCAUGUCUUUGAGGUUCCGCUUAACCCAAAGUUUCUGAAUGAAAUUGAACGUGCGCUUCAAGGCCGUGAAGUGAUUACUGAAUAUGAAAAUGAAGAUCUUAAAAAUGAGUUAUAUUUCUUACGGUGGA